AUGUCGCAUCCCAUACAAAGCCUGUUAGCUGACGCAAAGAAUUACGGAGACAGGCACGCAUCAUCCCCUCCACCUAAACCUCCACAGCCAUCCUACAAACUGCACAAGCCAGAUGACGAGGUGCAGUUCCUCGAGAAGGAGUACAGCCUCACAGAGAUUGCAAACAAUGAAUGCAAUAAAAAUAAUAAAUCACCUGGAAGAUCAACAUUUUCUGCAAAAAAAGUGUUUCUUAAUAAAUCUUCCUCGGCCAAAGUUGAUAAUGAUGAUGAUGAUGGUGAUAACGAUGAUGACCAUGCGGAGAAUGAUGAUGAUGAAAACGGUGAGUUGGUCGUUGUGGAGGUCCAUAACAACAAAGUCCUCGAUCGUAGUAUGCCGUCCAGUCCUGACCAGACAGCCAACAACAAAGUUGGUGACCAUUGUAACGACGCUAACAUUAAUGGACAAUAUGAAGUUUGCUCGCCAAGCAGCAUCAACAGUGAUAAAAGUGAUAAGGUACUUGAACACGACGUUGCUGAUAAAGAGAAAUGUCAAGUCACGGUAGGAACCGUUUCUAGUAACGAAUCUCUUGAUGUAAACAAAAGCCGAAAUGACAAACAGUCAGUAGUGGAAACUGAAGCAACUGCAAUCAAAUCAGACCAAACACCAUCGCCCACAACAUCAUCACCGCAUACAGCACCCACAUCAACCUCGGAACUUCUGUCAUCUACCGCAUUUCCUGUGAAAACAGGCUCAGCAAUUGACGAGAGUGAAGGUGCAGCAAGCGUAAGUAGUGGAAGGAUUUCAACUUUUGUGCCCCCUAGCAGAAUUCUUUUCAAGGUGGAAGCCACUCACAAAUAUGUAGGUGAGGAUAUAGAUGAACUAUCAUUCGACAUUGGAGAUAUCAUCACCGUCGUACCGUUUGAUAAUCCAGAUGACCAGGACGAUGGAUGGCUGAUGGGCAUCAUUGAGAAAUCAAAAGAAAAAGGUGUCUUUCCACAAAAUUUCACCAAGAUGAUUCAAUGA